CAUGGAAGUGAACUACUUCAACUCGGAGCUUUACAUCUGAGUUUUUAAUGCGCAAUUAAUAAUGCGGAUCCAGAGUUGACAUCUUGAUUGUCUUGUCAGCGAACCUAUUAUGUGGUAAAAGCCUUCGGUGUCAAUUCUGUUAUAAAAGCCGAUGGGCUCUCAUACUAGGACUUCUGCUCCUCGCUUUAAUUCCACAACAUUGAGGAGUACAUUUUAGCGAAGAAUCCGUAUUCUGCAAUCCCUUAUUCACACAAGGAAAAUACCUUCCUAGAACAUUUGACUACAGCCAUGGCCUUGAUCAAGAACGUCGGUCUUAUCGGGAAAGGCCUUUUUGGCUCCGCCGUGCUCCCUGCUCUGCUUGAUGCCGGAUUUACAGUCACCGUCUUUAGCCGCCACGAGAAGAACAAAGACAGUCUCCCCACCGGCGUGGCGCAUGCCGUCGUCGACUACAGCUCGGUCGAUGGCAUGACGAAGGCCUUCCGGGGCCAAGACGCCCUCGUUUCGACCAUUGGCUUCGACUCGAUCCUCGCGCAGAAGCCCAUGAUUGACGCAGCCGUCGAAGCCGGCGUCAAGCGCUUCAUCCCGGCCGACUACACCAGCUUCUCGACGGACCCGGCGGCCGCCCAGCUCCCGCAGCACCUGGCCCUCACGGCUGUGCAGAAGCAGCUGCGAGACUACGCCGAGGCGGGGCGGCUGGAGUACACAAUCGUCGCUACGGGAGUGUUUCUAGAGUUUCUGAUUGAUUAUGGAUUCGCGGUGAACUGGAAGGAGAGGUCUGCGCAGCUGUGGGGAGAAAAGGGCGACUACCCCGUCUCCGUGACGAGUCUGGCAGCGGCGGCCAGGGCGGUGGGCGAGGUGCUCAGGAACCCGGCGCAGACGAGGAACCGUGCCGUCUACGUGAAUGAGUUGGUGGUCACGCAGGCGCAGAUCUUGAGACUAGGUGAAGAGGUUGCUCCCGAGGGCACGGAGUGGACGGUGACCAGGUUCGAAGAUCCGAACGCGGAAUUCGAAAAACGUCUCCAGGCCGUGCUGCAGAGGCCGGAGAUGGACACGAUCAUGGCCCUGGUCGUGGCGACGCUCUUUUCUGGCAAGUUCAAGGCGCAGUUUGCCGAGCUGGACAAUGAACUCCUCGGGGUGGAGCUGCUUCCGGAGGCUGCGUUGAGGGCGAGGGUGGCUGCGGCGUUGAAAUGA